AGUCGGAGUGGGAUCGCUCUGUAAGGCACGCAGUGGUUUGCACAGUGAUAGCAGCAGACAGAGCUCCCAGCCCUGGAUAAGGAACAGCUACAGUCGCUGUAAAAGUGCCUGAAAAGCAAUUUCCAAUCUUUGCAUUAGGAUUUCAGAUGCAUGCCAGGUUCCUACUGAUUGCCAGAAUUCAAGAUCACUACACAUGGAUCCCCAAAAUCAACAUGGCAGUGGCAGUUCAUUAGUUGUGAUCCAGCAGCCUUCUUUGGAUAGCCGUCAGAGAUUAGACUAUGAGAGAGAGAUUCAGCCUGCUGCAAUCUUGUCCUUAGACCAGAUCAAGGCCAUCAGAGGUAGCAAUGAAUACACAGAAGGGCCUUCAGUGGUGAAAAGACCUGCUCCUCGAACAGCACCAAGACAAGAAAAGCAUGAAAGGACUCAUGAAAUUAUACCAAUUAAUGUGAAUAAUAACUAUGAACAUAGACCUACAAGCCACCUGGGACAUGCAGGACUCACAAAUAAUGCCAGGGGCCCCAUUUUGAGCAGAUCAACCAGCACUGGAAGUGCAGCCAGUUCUGGGAGCAAUAGCAGUGCCUCUUCUGAGCAGGGACUGUUAGGAAGGUCACCACCAACCAGACCAGGCCCUGGUCAUAGAUCUGAAAGGGCAAUCCGGACACAACCCAAGCAACUGAUAGUGGAUGACUUGAAGGGUUCCUUAAAAGAGGACGUGACACAGCACAAGUUCAUUUGUGAACAGUGUGGGAAAUGCAAGUGUGGAGAAUGCACAGCUCCCAGGACCCUGCCAUCCUGUUUGGCCUGCAAUCACCAGUGCCUUUGCUCUGCUGAGAGCAUGGUGGAAUAUGGAACCUGCAUGUGCUUAGUCAAGGGCAUUUUCUACCACUGCUCCAAUGACGAUGAAGGGGAUUCUUAUUCAGAUAAUCCUUGCUCCUGUUCACAGUCACACUGCUGCUCUAGGUACCUGUGUAUGGGAGCCAUGUCUCUAUUUUUACCUUGCUUACUGUGUUAUCCUCCUGCUAAGGGAUGCCUAAAGCUGUGCAGGGGGUGUUAUGACUGGAUCCAUCGUCCAGGGUGCAGAUGUAAGAACUCCAACACUGUCUAUUGUAAGCUGGAGAGCUGCCCCUCUCGGGGUCAGGGUAAACCAUCAUGAUUUUUGGAGGUGGUUGAACCUCCUGAACAUCUAGCUUUCAAAUUUUGGCUGUUAAAAAAGACCCUAUUAGAUACUGUUUUUAUUUUCUUUAGAGUUUUCCUGUUUGCCAUCUUCUUUUCCCCUGUUCUCAAGGGUUGACUCACAGAUUUUAUUCUUCUCUCAUGGAUGCUCUUCAGUAAAAGUGGACUGUGAAACUGCUCCCACUUACUACAAGAGUCUCUGCCAUCCACUUGAGAGGGUGUUGAGAGCCAGUGGGCUUUUGUGUAGCCUUUUUGUUCUGCAAGCAACUUUCCAAAGUUGUACACAUGAACAUACCCACACACAUAUCCAGACUACAAUGAUUUUUAAGUUGUUUUUGGUUGAGUACUGUGGGAGCAGGGAAAUUAGUUUUUAAAGAAGCAACCAUUUAAUUGCUUAAAUAAGCUAUGUAUUAAAUCUGUCUCCAGUUAGGGCUAUCUUCAUAGCAUUGGUAGCACGAGGGAUAUAUUUUUAUUAUAACAUCAAGAAUUUCCAUUAACCACUGCCCUUCUUGCCCCUCAGAUGCUCUUUCCCUUCAGUUUUGGCAUUAUCUUUUUCUAGUGAUGCCAAUUUUUUUUUUCUGGUUCUUUUGUGUAAUUGUAGAUUCACUUUACAAUAUAAGUCUUCACAUUGGAGAUAUAUUGGUUGUAUCUUGCUUAUUCUUACUCUAGCUUUCAUGUUUGUGAAGGAUUCAGCUCCCUUCCUUCCAAACCCCACACUCUCCACCAAAUUUCUUCCGUCACUGAGGGCACUUGGAUAACUGAAAUUGGUAUUUAUAGCUGAUAAAUUUAUAGAUGUCACAGAACUAUGCUGCCUAAAGUGAUCUUGGCUCCUUACUGGUCUUUUUGGCCCCUUCGUUAGUUAGCAACUUUGUAAUUCUAAUCUUUUCUGUGUUUUCAUUGCCUUAACCACAAAUUGUGGUGCUUUUUGUAUAUUUUAUGUAUAAAUCACAAAGUUGAAUUCUGACUAUUUUUAAGACAAAAGUCUGUUAAACUUUUUUAUUGUAAAGAAUAUUUAUUAUGCGAAUCUAUUAUUUUAUGAUAUUUAUUGCAAAAGACUGUUGUUGAAAUGUACUCAUGUCUGAAUAUAACAAAAUAUCAAUACUUAACGGAAAAUAAGGUGACACGAAGAAAGUACAUAUGUUAACUAUAAUGCAGAAAAUAUAUUAAUUAAUGAAACUGUC